UACCUCGAGGCUGGCCGAAGUCAUCUUGACCCUCAAAUGGUUGGUUGGUCUGGGUCAUCGUAGAACAACGUUUGUAGUAUUCAAUCAAUGGGAUUUGGCGAAGUUAUAUAUGAGAACGAGGGUAGUCCGCAGCUGUUGCUCAUACGCAGCUGGUCGGUGACUUGACAACAUACGUAGCCGCAGCCAAAUAUAGUAAUAAGUAGUACGCCGCAGGCGCCGUACUGCGUGCGGCCAGCACUGGCAAGCAGCCUCAAGCAGCAUUUGUAACUGAAGUGCAAGUUGACGCUAGCUAUAUACUUACACUUAUAUCGUGGAGAGUUUCCUGUGGAAGGCAACUUUGUCUAGGCAGACCUUAAACUUAGACGGUCAUUCCUUCGGCUAUACCUAGACGCUGUUUUCGUUGUUGCCUGGAUUUUGAAGCAUGGAUGAUUUCGUUGCUUGGUUUCAGCACCAUAGUGGAGUCUUGGAUACUUCAAUGAUGGGCAUCACCGAUUUUCCUGGCAGUGGGCGUGGUGCAAUCGCACUCCGGGAUAUACCUGAAAACCAUACAAUUUUCACGCUUCCUCGUUUUUUGACACUUUCCACCCGGACCUCGACCCUUCCUUCUACAUUCGGGAUUGAAGCAUGGAGAAAGUACAAAUUACACAAGGGUUGGGUUGGGCUGAUUCUUUGCAUGAUGUGGGAGGAAGCUCAAGGCAACCAAGGAAAGUGGAUUACAUAUCUGGCAUCCCUCCCGACACAAUUUGACACACCAAUGUUCUGGAGUGACGAAGAACUCCAAGAGCUCCAGGGGACGGCUGUGGUAGACAAGAUAGGUCGGGUUGAGGCUGAGCGUGACUAUCACGAGAAGCUGGUUCCAGCGAUCAAGACUCGGCCAGACCUGUUUCCCUCGAACAAAAUCGAUACAUGGUACACACUUCAUCGGUACCAUAUUACAGGCAGCCGAAUUCUAUCUCGAAGCUUCCAUGUAGAGAGGUGGGAGGGCGAAGUGGAGCAGGAUAGCGAACUUGUUCCCGAAGAAGAUAAUAACGAGGACGCCCAUGCCAACACAAGUAUUGGGAGCGCAAUGGAUGUUGACGAUUCAGGAGUCGACGAUAAAGGCGUCGACGAAGCGGGCAACGAUAGUGAUAGCGAUGAUGAGGACACAGAGGAUACAUCAAACAUUGCAAUGGUGCCUAUGGCUGACCUUCUGAACGCUCGAUAUGACUCGGUCAAUGCUAAACUUUUCUACGAGAAACACCAUCUCCACAUGGUCACCACGAAGCCCAUCAAGGCUGGGGAACAAAUAUUCAAUACAUAUGGCGACCUGCCUAACUCAGACCUGCUCAGGCGUUACGGAUAUGUCGAUCUUGUCCCUUGUCCCGAUCUCAAGGGUGCGCUUGGAAAUCCACAAGAUGUCGUAGAGAUCCGAGCAGACCUGAUUCUCAAACUUGUUUGUGAUGAUGAUCCUAAUGAUGAGACACAUCAACAACGGAUCGACUGGUGGCUCGACGAGGGAGGGGAUGACGUUUUCAUCGUCGACACCGAGCCAAUUCUACCUGCAGCGUUGAUAUCUUUGAUAAGACUUCUUCUCUCCCAAGAAGAGUGGGAAAAGGCACGGGAGAAAGGGCGUCCCCCGAAAGCCAAGUUUGAUCGUCAGGUCUCUCGGUUAUUGCGACGCAUAUUAGAGAUGCGCUUGAGCACUUAUCGAUCACCAGAUCUUGAAAUUGACGAAAAGCUCCUUGCGGCUGAAUCGCUCACACUCAACAAAAGACACGCCGUUAUCGUACGGCUUGGGGAGAAACGGAUUCUGGCUGGUGCACUUGAGACGCUGUGCAUCAUGGAUGCGGCCUUGAGUGACGCCGGGAGUGUUGGAUCUAAAGGCAAGAGACGUAUUGUGAGCGGGGGUUUGGCAGGUGGAGGAAAAUCAAAAAAGGCCAGGCAUUGACCUUACGAUGGGGCCACUUGUGGACUGACCCAUCUACGUCUUCUGUCAUCAACCUCCUGGUUGUUAUUGACAUGAGGCAUAGAAGAAUUGGAGAUUAAUCAAGUAGCUCUACCGACUAGCCACUACCGAUUAAUUCGGUGCCCUCCGACAGUGACUUCUGCCUAUCACAUCGGGAUGUAGCUGGCCUAAAAUGAGGACUGAUGAACACUCUAACCUAUACACGGUCAGCAACCUAAACGGCACUUGGCAGCAAACCCCACAAUACAGUUCUUUCCCAGAUCAGAACGUCUCAUGGAAUUGUUCAGAUAACGUUCAAGAGAAGAACUUUUAGUAAGGUUUAACGUUCAGCAGCUCAGCCUUUCAAUGGUUCCAUUCAGGAUGUGGA